AUGGCGCACGAAGAUUCGAAGCUCUUUGAGCCCCUCGCCAUCAACAAUGGCAAGAUCACACUCAAGCACCGCGUCGUCCAUGCACCAUUGACUCGCAACCGCGGUGUCCCCGAAAGCCCCGUCAGCACUCCCGAGAAGCCCAAUCGUGUUUGGUACCCGGGCGACCUGGUUGUCGAAUACUACCGGCAGCGAGCAACGGAUGGCGGGCUGAUCAUUUCAGAGGGAAUCCCUCCUUCGUUAGAAAGCAACGGCAUGCCCGGCGUCCCGGGCCUCUUCACACCCUCCCAAACCGCCGGCUGGAAACGAGUCGUCGACGCCGUCCACGAAAAAGGCGGCUACAUCUACGCCCAGCUCUGGCACGCCGGUCGCGCCACAAUCCCCCAAAUGACCGGGUCGCCCGCCGUCUCCGCAUCCGCAACUGUCUGGGACAGCCCGACCGAAUGCUACAGCCACCCGCCCGUCGGCGCGACCGCGCAAGUGCCGUACUCCGCACACCCGCCAAUCGAGCUAAGCGUCGACCACAUCAAACGCACAAUUGGAGACUACUGCGCCGCCGCAAAGGCAGCGAUCGAAGCGGGCUUCGACGGGGUGGAAAUCCAUGGCGGAAACGGAUACCUGCCGGAGCAGUUCCUCAGCUCGAAUAUCAACAAGCGCACGGAUGAGUACGGCGGCUCGCCGGAGAAGCGGUGCCGCUUUGUCCUUGAGCUGAUGGACGAGUUGGCGAAGACGGUUGGCGAGGAGAACCUGGCUAUCAGGCUUUCGCCGUUUGGGCUUUUCAACCAGGCGCGCGGGGAGCAGCGCAUGGAGACAUGGACGCAUCUGUGCAAGGAGCUUAAGCGCACCCUCCCAGCUCUCUCCUACGUCAGUUUCAUUGAACCGCGCUACGAACAAAUCUUCAGCACCGCCGAAAAAGACUCCUUCCUAUCCUCCUGGGGCCUAAGCGACAUCGACCUGAGUCCCUUCCGGUCGAUCUUCGGCGCCACACCCUUCUUCUCCGCGGGUGGCUGGGACCAGACAAACUCAUGGGGCGUUCUGGAGUCCGGCCGGUACGACGCCCUCCUGUACGGUCGAUACUUCACCAGCAAUCCCGACCUGGUGGAGCGGUUGAGGACAGACACGCCGCUUGCGCCGUAUGAGCGCAGCAGGUUUUAUGGGCCGUUUGAGGAUAACCGUAUCUAUUACACGGAUUAUCAGCCAGCGACGGGACACACGGAUAUCAAGAUUACGGUGCAGGAGUAG